AUGUCCAUGCAUCUGUCAUGUGGUGUUAGGGAUCUUGAUGAGAACAUAUUUUUGGUUAUGGUCAUUCGUGACUUGCUGAAUUUAUGCAAAAUCACGAAAGGGAAGGAUAACAAAGUUGUCAUCGCAAGUAACAUUAUGUAUGUUGUUGGACAGUACCCGAGGUUUCUAAGAGCUCACUGGAAGUUCCUAAAAACUGUUGUGAACAAAUUGUUUGAGUUCAUGCAUGAGACACAUCCUGGUGUUCAGAGCAACAUCAUGAGGAGGUUUGCCUUGGAAACCUGAGGAGAUUUCAAUUUAGAGAGCUUCAGAUGGCAACAAACAACUUCAGCAGCAAGUACUUGGUUGGAUGAUGAAUUGAAGGAUGGAACAAGUUUCAU